AUGUAAAUCAAAGGCUAAUGCUGGAUCUCACACAAAUAUCUAAAUCGUUCAUUCGCAUCUAGACCUCACAAUCAUACUAUAAACCCACCUGCACCCAUCCCUUUUAAUUUUCUAUUCCUCUAUUUUCCCAGCUCCCCACGCCUUUCCCAACCUCUUUGUAUUUCCCUUCACAGUAAAUUCUUGAUCUUUCUUCUAAAGGUCAAACCUUUGAACUUCAAACCCCCCACCCCAAAAAGAAAACAUGACAAACUACGGCACAAUCCCGACUUCAUCGACGCCAGGACCCUCCGCGAACAUCGAAUACCUAUCUCGAGCCAAGGAACGUAUCAAAGAAGGGCUUGGAGCUCGGCGUCCAUGGAAACUUAUGUUCAAUUUUCACUCCAUCAACUUCCCUGGGAACCUCUCCGAAGCUAUUACCAGGGUCAGAACUAACGUUGCUUACUUCCGCAUGAACUACGCCAUGAUCGUGCUUCUCAUCCUUUUCCUUAGCCUGUUAUGGCACCCCAUCUCCCUCUUAGUCUUCGUAGCUAUGAUGGCCGCUUGGUUGUUCUUGUAUUUCCUGAGGGAUGAGCCUCUAGUUGUUUUCCGCCGUACGAUCGACGACCGCGUGGUGCUGGUGGUGUUGGGGGUUUUGACCAUCUUGUUCCUGCUGUUGACUGAUGCCACCACCAAUAUUUUGGUGUCGCUUUUGAUUGGUGCGGUUGUGGUUUUGGUCCACGCUUCCUUCAGGAGGACUGAUGAUUUGUAUGAUGAAGAAUCCGGGGAAGGCUUGAUUUCUGGACCUUCAUCUUCUUCAUGAUUCUGGCUUCUUUUGUAAUUCUUUUUAUGUGUGGUGAGUUAUUAUUGGCAUAUCUAUAUGAUCUCAAUUUUUUGGUUUUCUGUUUGAUUGAUUGAUUGUUUGUUUAAUUUAAUGGGGGGUUAUUUAAUUUCUUCUUUAAAGUUGUUAAAUGUUAAAUUCAUUUCAAGAUGGUAUUGUUUGAUCCCUCAAUCGUAAUUGAAUGAAAAGUUUGCUUUGACUUUUGAAUGGUA